AUGGAGAAGUACGAGAGGAUUAAGGUACUAGGGGUUGGGUCAUUUGGAAAGGUGUAUCUCAUGCGGCAUCGGCAGCAGCGAAGACUCGUGUGCGCGAAGAUAAUCAAGAUCAAGAACAUUCCCCGCAAGGAACGAGAAGCUUGCCGCACGGAGGUGGAUCUCAUGCGGAGGCUGCACCACCCGAACAUUGUGGGGUAUAAGGACUCUUUUCUCACCCCGCGAAAGGACCACCUGUGCAUCGUUAUGGAAUACUGCGACGGGGGCGACCUCAGCACGCAAAUCAAGAACGCGCGGAAGCGGCUCUUUCCCGAAAGCAAGAUCCUUCAUUGGUUCGUUCAGAUCGCGCUUGGUCUGCACUACAUGCACAGCCGCCUGGUCCUCCACAGAGACCUCAAGACGCAGAACAUUUUCCUCCUAGGGAAUGGCCGGCUGGUGCUAGGCGACCUUGGAAUAUCAAAGGUGUUGGAGGGUACGAUGGACUUUGCCAGCACACGGAUUGGAACGCCAUACUACAUGUCCCCUGAGCUCUUCAACAACAAGCCCUACAACCACAAGUCUGACAUCUGGGCCCUCGGGUGCGUCCUGUACGAGAUGUCGGCGCUCAGCCACGCCUUCGACGCAACUAGCCUCCACGGCCUCGCCCAGCGCGUGGCAAAGGGGCGGUACCCGUCGAUUCACGUCAAGUACAGCCGAAACCUGCGCGACCUGAUCAGCCGGAUGCUUGCCACUUCGCCCUCCCAGCGGCCAGAUCUCGACCAGAUCCUUCAGCUAGGGUUCAUAAAGAAGCACAUACACAAUUUCCUGGCGGACAUCGUGUCGAGGGAGUCCCAUAAGAUGGGAGAGGGGACCAUGGUGCUCAAGGCCGCGGCCGUCAACAUGCUUGCAGAUGCCGAGGGUCCAUCGAGCGCGCCUGGCUACGACGACAGCGGCGACAUCGCGGGGUUGGGAUCGAACCAAGACAUGCUGGCUCUCAAGAGGCAGAUGGAAGAGCUAGGACUGCAGGAGGAGGUGAAGAGUGCCCUCAACCCGCCAGAAACAGUCCGGCCGACCGAUGCCCGUACAGUGGCCAAGGUCGUGAAGGAGCAGAGGGGCGCUCUUCGUCGGGAGGAGGACCGCCGGAAGGCCGUCGAGUCGGCCCUGGCGCGCCUCCGCAAAGAGAGGGAAGAGCGCCUGCGACUACGGCACGCCAGCGAGAGCAGAAAUCUGCCACCAGUAGCGCCUCCUCCUCCUCCCCCCCCUCCGUCAGCACCAACACCAGCAAGACCAAGCGGUGGCGGGCCCGACAACGUUCCAAGCUGGGUCGGUGGGGCGUGGCAAGCAGGAGUUGUGGGGGUUGGGGUAGCCGCUGCUGCCGCCGAGAACAGCGGGGUUUCCAUUGUAAACGAGGGAAGGGGCAGGAGGGGGUCAGGUGGUGCUGGGGCGGCGGCUGCGCAACAGCUCGAGGCUGCCGCGGCCCGGAGAGUCGGAGGUUUGCUUGUAGCUGGGGGGGAAUCGAAGGAGCCGAGACAAAGGUGUGCGGGAGCAAGCCCCGACGCUCACGGGCAGGCCACCCCUCGCAGCAGGGAAGGCCGUCGAUCAUUAGAGCCCCGCAAGGACCGCCGAGAGAUUCUCGAUAGACAAGUCCCGGCCCGGAUCCAGAGCCGUCGCCGAAGCUUCGGGGGAGGCGAGGGUCGCAGCAAGGCUGCUUCUCCCGGGAUGGGCGGGGCGGCGGCAGCCGGGGGUGGGGGAGGGGGUAGGCCGCGCAGCGUCGCGGCCGACCAAUCCGACGUGGCUCGGGUGAAGGAUCUCGACAAGUUCGGCAGGGCAAGGGAGGCUGAACGGCUCGCUGCAGCGGCCAUGAUCAGGCGAGACGAGGCGUCGUUGCGAGAGGAAGCACGCAAGCGGGAAGAGGCCCUCCAGAGGGAAAGGGAAAGGGAUCGCCUUCGGCAGGACAAGGUGGAGCUCGAUCGCAAAAUGUUCGACAGGGAGCAGCAGCGCCGUCAACGGGCUGCGGCGGCGGCAUCAAAGGUUGUUGUGCCGGCACCGACGGUGGUGACAUCUGGGGUGUGGGAGGUCAUCGAGAGGCGGAAAAGGGAGAGGGCAGAGCUCGAGCAAGCCGUGGAGCGGAAGGAGAUGGCGGCAGCUCGGGAGGGGGUGGAGGGCGCAGCCUGGGGGCGUGCGAACGACCUCCCCCCGGCGCCGCCCCGACCUCCGGCAACCGUAUCCAGCGGGAACGACUUCCCCGUUCAGGACUCCGGCUUCCACCGACCGGCAGGUACCGGCAAGCCCCCAUCGGUGCUGGCCGCCGCCAAGCGCGGCGACAACACCAAGAGCAACAAGAGCAACGUCGGUUGGUCCCCUUACGUGUCGGAUUCUGAAGAAGGAAGCGAGGACUCAGAGAGCCUGCCGUGGGGGGUGGGAAAGUUGGGAGGCGGCGGUGGCAGAGGAGGUCAAACGGCGGGCGGAAAGAUGGCGAAGAGGGACGGCGUGGCGGUAGCUGCUGCGGGGAGCGGGUACGGGAGCGGCAGUAAACGAGAAGGAAACGUCGGCGGUGGUGUAGGAAGAAUAGCGCAGGAAGCGAGGGGAUCCGACCGGGGGGGAGAAGAGGGCUCUGACAACGACAGCGAUGAAGACGAGGCCGACGAAGACAUUCACGCUCGAGAGGAGUUGCUCGAGGUCGAGCUUCAAGCGGCGAAAACGCGGUGCGAGGAGCUGAGACACCACCUACAGGAGACGAAGUCCAUGAUCCCGGCGACGGCCCUGGUGGUCGUGGAGGGCGGCGGUGGCGAAGGCGGGGGUGGCGGUAGAGACGGCGGGCGCGGCGGGAACCGAGGCGUGGCCAGUGUUCGUUCCGGCGGUGGUCACGGCCACCUCGAAGCCGGCGCGGCAGACGACAACGACGCAGCAAAACGUCUCUCUGCCGUGGCUUCCGGUGCACCCCUUGGGCGGGAAGAGAACGGGGGCCAGGAGGAAGAAGAGGACGACGAAGAGGAGGACGACGAGGAGGAGGACGAGGAGGAGGAGGAGGACGAGGAUGGGGAAGGAGAUGCCGGGGGUAUACAAGGGAGAAGAAGCGAUGCCGAGCCCGGUGGCGGCAGCAACAGCAGAGGAAGCUUCCGGGAUAGCGAGCACGACCGGGAACAGAGACGGCCAGGCACCAGGGUUCGCCGAGCGUGGGGUCAGGCCGCCGACACCUCCGAGACUGCCGACGUUGUACUGCCACUGCCACUAGGCGCGGCAGUGGCGGCAGCGGCGGCAGAGGCGAAGGGGCGACGAGAUUUGGGAGUUGGUGGUGGCGGUCGCGGCGGCGGCGGCGGCGGGACUCAGGGGACAACAGCCCAAACCUCCAGGGGAGAAGCGGGAUUGGAAUCCUCGGAGGAGAGCCGGAAUAGCUAUUACCCGUACGACCAAAGCCAGCUUGAGAGCGAGGCCAAAGCCUUGGACGGUCUCAGUGGAAUGCGCUACGACGACAACAGCACCAACAAGAACGACAACGACGUCGGAAAACCGGAGAAGCUUUUUCAACGCCGCUAUCCACCACCGGCAAGCCAAACCUACGCCUCCCCCUGCCCGGCGUCCGCUUCUUCUGCUCCCGAUCCUGCUCAUACCGCUGAGAGCACUACUGCGCACUCUGUUGCAGCCGGGAAGAACAGCCAAAGAAGUGGCAGGCGAGAGAGCAAGCGCUCCUCGCGCCUCACGCCCCCGCGCGCUGAUAGCAGCGGUGAACCCCCCGCUCCUCGCCUUCCGCAUCAUGGAGCUGCGUCCGGCACCAGCGACACUGAUACGCGUGGGAGGUCAGAAACGCGUACGGUCGGCACGGUUUCUGCGGCGGUAGCGGCGGUGGAAAGGCCGCCGAGGGCUGAGUCUUCCCCGUCGCCGCCACCCACGGCACCCGCGGGGAGGCUAGCCGAUCGAAUCCGGACGCUCAGGGAGAGGUGUUGCCUAGGGCUUGGAGCCGAUGCGUUCGAGAGGGCAUACGGUUACUUGAAGGCACAAGAGGAACUGGAAGAGCUGGAUGGGGGAUGCAGUUCUUCUUUAGACGUCGAUCGUGAAGAGCGGCUUGUUAGGGGCCUCACUGAUAUCAUUGGACAAAACAAGGUCCACUACUACAGCCUGAUCGACCAACUCAUCUUCAUCGAGAACACCCACUUCGGGUACAAUUUAUGA